AUGAACAGUCAGAAUCUCAAAAGCAGCAAGUCAGCAGAAGAACAAAGAAAAAGGAAUGCUAUCUUAUUUUCCUCUCAAGUUGCUCAAAAGAAAGAGACAGCAGUUACAGAAAGGUUCCUUUUGUGAUGUUUUGGACUAAUACAGUGCCAUGUACCAUAUAUCCAUUCAUGACAUAACUGCACCAUCUUCAAGGAGUGGUGGUGGUAAACCGACACCUAACUGAUAUGGCUAUAGCCAGUGGUGCAAUUCAUUCAUUCACCGAACCCUUCAACUGGCUGUCUUUGGCACUGCCAUCUAUUAAUAGACAAAGUAACAGUUGAACAUAUUACACGUCAAGUAGUUAAUCUCAGAAUCGUGGAUCUUAAUGGAGAACCAGUCUGUGUGAAUGGAAAUCAAAGUGUCAUUUUUGAUUUUCUCGACAUGAAGAUCCUGUACCAGAUUACACAAUCAGUCUUGGAAAUAUUCCCUUGGCCGAUCAUACCAGUGACACAAGAGGUGUAGGCUGGUGGAGACAAGAUUUAUAUGUUACUUGGUUGGCUCAGUUGAUGCUGUUUUAACUAAUGCUUAUGUAUUGGAACUACUCUGGCAAGAACAAGCUGCUGAGGGAGAUAUAACAGAAUUUGUGGUCACUUGAAGAAUUUAGUGAGUCCGCUUUUUCUAUCAACCUUACUUAUACUCGCCGACGUAUUUAGUCAGUCCGCAUUCACAAGUGAAGCUGCACAGUCUGAUCUGUAUCCAUUAUGGGAUGACAAAGCCAAUGUAGAUAAAUUUAUUGGAAACAUAACAAAAAUGAAUGAAAUGCCCGUUCUGGAAAAUCCCUUGAACAGACGGCUGCAUUUACAAUACCCAAGUAUCCAAAAAGGGAAUUUUACUCCAAAUUUUAGUAAACCCAAUCAGCAAGUCAACAUUUUACAACAUGAUGUUCAAUUCCAACCUCGGGUACGACAUCGUCCACAACCGUUGACACCAGAUGACAUCAUCAGAACAACUGAAGAUAGAUUGAAGCAAUUAACGUCAGCAAUAUUACGAGAAGCUCCAAUAUUUUUGGCGAUGGGCGAACAGGAAGAAAAUGUAAUAAAGAUGUUUGAUGUCAAGUCGCUUGAUUACCACAGCUCUGAAAGUCUGCGUGAACAAAAUAACAAUGAAUUUAUUUCAUUUGCUAAACGUCUAAACAGAGGUAACCUUUCAUUUCCAUGA